UAAUGGACUGGCUCAAGAAAAUAUAUACCAAAAAACAAUCCAUUAAUACACUUAGAGAUGACUUAGAAACAAUCAAGGAACAGAAAGAACGAUGGAGAAGUAUAUACGUUAUUUAUUUCACUAUGUUUCUUAUGUCUCUUGGAUUUAGUAUAAUUCUAACCGGAGUCUGGCCAUAUUUAGAUAAGUUGGAUAGUUCAGCAGGAAAAGAAUAUAUGGGAUAUGUAGUAGCGGCUAAUCCUUUAGGUCAAAUGUUAUUCUCUCCGUUACUUGGUUGGUGGGGUAACAAAAGAGGAUCUGUAAGACUGCCACUUUUAGUUACAUUACUUCUUUUUAUCUAUGCGUCCGCAAUGUACAGUGUCCUAGAAAUUUUACCAGGUGAUAGAAAGGCUCUUAUGGCUAGUGCCAGAUUCCUCGUUGGAGUUAGUUCUGCUAAUAUCGCGGUAGCUAGAUCAUAUUUAUCCGCAGCUACAAAACUUGCUGAAAGAACUAAGGCGGUUUCAAUGAUUACACUUGCACAGGUUUUAGGAUUUAUAGUAGGACCUGGCUUACAAGCUGCUGUUACUCCUCUUGGUGAUAAAACUAUAUAUUUUUUAGGUUUACCUUUAAAUAUGUAUACAAUGACUGGUUGGAUAAACGUUAUUAUGGGAAUUAUUAAUUUCAUUCUAUUUUUACCAUGGAACUUUAAAGAGCAUAAAAUUGCUAUCAGAGAAGCUAUGCGCAAUGGUGGAAAAACUACUGAAAAAGAAACAUGGAAAGCAAUAAAGCCUGAUUAUUUAGCAGCUUGGACUUUAAUUUGUGCUUUUUUUGUUUUGGUUUUUAAUUUUGUCCUCUUAGAAACAUUAGGUACUCCUCUUACGAUGGAUCAAUUUGCUUGGUCUAAAACUGAAUCUUUAUAUUAUUUGGGAUUGUUAAUGAGUAUUGGUGGUGUAAUAGCGUGUAUUACGUUUGCAAUGAUUGGACCUAUUUGUAAAAGAAUUGCUGAAAGAAAAUUAAUGUUAUGGGGUGGUUUUCUAUUUAUGGUUAUUGGACGAUUAUUUUGUAUUCCAUGGGGACCUGAUCCUCCAAAAAUAGCUUACUUUGGAGUCUUUAACAAUAUUACUAUGGAUGAAAAUGGUACAGAAAUAUUAGGAUGCCAUAAUACUCAAGAAUGGUGCAAAUAUACCCCGCAAUUAACUAUAACCCAAUUUAUUAUCGGAUAUAGUUUCACUAGUGUAGGCUAUCCUAUAGGAGUUACAUUAAUACAAACAAUAUUUAGUAAAAUUCUUGGUCCACGACCACAAGGUGUUUGGAUGGGAUUAAUGACAGGUGCUGGAUGUGCUUCUAGGGUUUUAGGACCAGUAUUUGUUAGUGUGAUUUACACACGUUUUGGAACAUAUCAUACUUUUGGUGUUACUGGACUAAUGUUAAUAGCUUCGAUGGUAUGGUUACAGAUAGUUAAUAAACGUUUAAUACCACCAAUUAUAGUUAAUAAAAAUAACAUAGGAGAAGAACAGAAACAAGAUAUUACAAUACCUUUAGUUCAAGUUAAAUCUGAUAAUGAGGAAAUAAAUCAAAUAAAUAAAUCUAAUACUGUGAUAAAUUAUGACAAAACGUAAAUAUUCUUAUGAGAAAGUUGAAAUUUACCUUUUU